AUGAAUGAAAACAAGAAAGUUGUGACUUUUUCUUCUGGGGUGAUUAUGGCCGUGUAUCAUCUGUGGUCUUCCCCUGGGUCCUUGCUUCAACAUUGCAUCAUCGUUAAAGAUUCUGAGGUAUCCUUUGUGGCAUCUUACGAUGGGAAUGUGGUGGAGCCCGACAUGUCUGCGGGGUUUUGCCCAGAUCACAAGGCAGCCAUGGUUUUGUUCCUUGACAGGGUCUAUGGAAUUGAGGUUCAAGAUUUCCUCCUGCAUCUCCUAGAGGUUGGCUUUCUGCCAGAUCUCCGGGCUGCUGCUUCUUUAGAUACGGCUGCUUUGAGUGCUACGGACAUGGCCUUGGCCCUCAACCGGUACCUUUGCACGGCCGUGCUGCCUCUGUUAACGAGAUGUGCUCCUCUUUUUGCUGGCACAGAGCACCACGCCUCCCUCAUCGACUCGCUGCUUCACACCGUGUACAGGCUUUCUAAGGGCUGCUCCCUGACCAAAGCUCAGCGCGACUCCAUAGAAGUCUGCUUGCUCUCUAUUUGCGGCCAACUGAGGCCUUCUAUGAUGCAGCACUUACUCAGAAGAUUAGUGUUUGACGUCCCGUUAUUAAAUGAACAUGCAAAGAUGCCUCUCAAGCUGCUGACAAAUCAUUACGAAAGGUGCUGGAAGUACUACUGUCUGCCCGGAGGGUGGGGCAGCUUUGGAGCUGCCUCAGAAGAAGAACUUCAUUUAUCAAGAAAACUGUUCUGGGGCAUUUUUGAUGCCCUGUCUCAAAAGAAGUACGAGCAGGAGCUCUUCAAGCUGGCCCUGCCGUGCCUGAGCGCCGUGGCCGGAGCCCUGCCCCCGGACUACAUGGAGUCCAACUAUGUGAGUUUGAUGGAGAAGCAGUCGUCCAUGGAUUCCGAGGGGAACUUCAACCCACAGCCCGUUGAAACCUCAAAUAUUAUAAUUCCUGAGAAGCUGGAAUACUUCAUAAAUAAAUACGCUGAGCACUCUCAUGACAGAUGGUCCAUGGACAAGUUAGCCAAUGGAUGGAUUUAUGGAGAAACCUACUCAGACUCGUCUAAAGUUCAACCAUUAAUGAAGCCAUAUAAACUGUUAUCUGAAAAGGAAAAAGAAAUUUAUCGCUGGCCAAUCAAAGAGUCCUUGAAAACGAUGCUGGCGUGGGGAUGGAGCAUCGAGCGCACGCGGGAGGGGGACAGCAUGGCCCUCUAUAGCCGGACUCGGCGCAUUUCCCAGACCAGCCAGGUUUCUGUGGACGCUGCCCAUGGGUACAGCCCCAGGGCCAUUGACAUGAGCAACGUCACACUGUCCAGGGACCUGCAUGCUAUGGCAGAAAUGAUGGCCGAAAACUACCAUAAUAUAUGGGCAAAGAAAAAGAAAAUUGAACUGGAGUCCAAAGGAGGCGGGAACCACCCCCUGCUGGUACCGUAUGACACGCUGACGGCCAAAGAGAAAGCCAAGGACAGGGAGAAAGCGCAGGACAUCCUCAAGUUCCUGCAGAUCAAUGGGUACGCUGUGUCCAGAGGGUUCAAGGACCUGGAACUGGACACCCCUUCUAUUGAGAAGCGAUUUGCCUACAGUUUCCUCCAGCAGCUCAUCCGCUACGUGGACGAAGCCCAUCAGUAUAUCUUGGAGUUUGAUGGUGGCGGCAGAGGCAAAGGGCAGCCCUUCGCGCACGAGCAAGAGAUCAAGUUCUUUGCUAAAGUCGUUCUGCCUUUAAUUGAUCAGUAUUUCAAAAACCACCGCUUAUACUUCCUGUCUGCUGCGAGCCGGCCGCUCUGCUCCGGGGGACAUGCCUCGAACAAGGAGAAGGAGAUGGUGACAAGCCUGUUCUGCAAACUCGGAGUUCUUGUCAGGCAUAGGAUCUCACUGUUUGGAAACGAUGCAGCGUCCAUUGUCAACUGUCUUCACAUCCUGGGGCAGACUCUGGAUGCAAGGACGGUCAUGAAGACGGGCCUGGAGAGCGUGAAGGGCGCGCUCAGCGCGUUUCUGGACAGCGCGGCGGAGGACCUGGCCAGGACGCUGGAGAACCUGAAGGAGGGCCAGUUCGCGCACACCCGCAGCCAGCCCCGCGGUGCCACGCAGAUCGUCAACUACACGACGGUGGCCCUGCUGCCCGUGCUGUCCUCGCUGUUCGAGCACAUCGGCCAGCACCAGUUCGGAGAGGACCUGAUACUGGAAGACGUACAGGUGUCCUGUUACCGGAUCCUGAGCAGCUUGUAUGCUUUGGGAACCAGCAAGAGUAUUUAUGUGGAAAGGCAGCGCUCGGCGCUGGGCGAGUGUCUGGCGGCCUUCGCUGGGGCCUUUCCUGUGGCGUUUCUGGAGACUCAUCUGAACAAACAUAACAGCUACUCCAUCUACAACACCAAGUCCUCGCGGGAGAGAGCAGCUCUCAGUUUGCCAGCUAAUGUGGAAGAUGUUUGUCCAAAUAUACCAUCUUUGGAGAAACUCAUGGAGGAGAUCGUGGAGCUCGCCGAGUCUGGGAUCCGCUACACGCAGAUGCCACACGUGAUGGAGGUCAUCCUGCCCAUGCUUUGCAGCUACAUGUCCCGGUGGUGGGAGCAGGGGCCUGAGAACAACCCGGACCGGGCCGACCUGUGCUGCACGGCUCUCAACUCCGAGCACAUGAACACGCUGCUGGGGAACAUUCUGAAAAUCAUAUACAACAACUUGGGGAUUGAUGAGGGGGCCUGGAUGAAGAGGCUGGCAGUGUUCUCCCAGCCCAUUAUAAAUAAAGUGAAACCUCAGCUCUUGAAAACGCAUUUCCUGCCGCUGAUGGAGAAGCUGAAGACGAAGGCAGCGGCGGUGGUUUCAGAGGAGGACCACCUGAAAGCCGAGGCCCGUGGCGACAUGUCCGAGGCCGAGCUGCUCAUUCUGGACGAGUUCACCACGCUGGCCCGAGACCUCUACGCCUUCUACCCUCUGCUGAUUAGAUUCGUGGACUACAACAGGGCAAAGUGGCUCAAAGAGCCCAGCCCGGAAGCCGAGGACCUGUUCCGCAUGGUGGCCGAGGUGUUCAUCUACUGGUCCAAGUCCCACAACUUCAAGAGAGAAGAGCAGAACUUUGUCGUCCAGAAUGAAAUCAACAACAUGUCUUUCCUCAUCACCGACACCAAGUCAAAGAUGUCAAAGGCGGCCGUUUCUGACCAGGAAAGGAAGAAGAUGCGGCGGAAGGGAGACCGCUACUCCGUGCAGACCUCCCUCAUCGUGGCCGCACUGAGGCGGCUGCUGCCCAUCGGGCUGAACAUCUGCGCCCCCGGGGACCAGGAGCUCAUCGCCCUGGCCAAGAACCGGCUGAGCAUGAAAGACACAGAGGAUGAAGUCCGAGAUAUGAUCCGCAGUAAUAUCCAUUUGCAAGGCAAGCUGGAGGAUCCUGCUAUUCGGUGGCAAAUGGCUCUUUACAAAGACCUACCGAACAGACCUGAGGACAGCGCUGACCCUGAGAAGACCGUGCAGAGGGUCCUGGACAUAGCCAAUGUGCUCUUCCAUCUUGAGCAGGUGGAGCACCCGCAGAGGUCCAAGAAGGCCGUGUGGCACAAGCUGCUGUCCAAGCAGCGGAAGCGGGCGGUGGUGGCCUGCUUCCGAAUGGCCCCGCUCUACAACCUGCCAAGGCAUCGGGCCGUCAAUCUCUUUCUUCAGGGAUAUGAGAAGUCCUGGAUUGAAACAGAAGAGCACUACUUUGAGGAUAAACUGAUAGAAGACUUAGCAAAACCGGGGGCGGACCCUCCAGAGGAAGACGAGGGCACGAGGAGAGUUGAUCCUCUGCAUCAGCUCAUCCUUCUGUUCAGCCGAACGGCCCUAACGGAGAAAUGCAACCUGGAGGAAGACUAUUUAUACAUGGCUUACGCAGAUAUUAUGGCAAAGAGUUGCCAUGAUGAGGAAGACGACGGUGAAGAGGAAGUGAAGAGUUUUGAAGAAAAAGAAAUGGAGAAGCAAAAGCUUCUGUACCAGCAAGCCCGGCUGCACGAGCGCGGCGCCGCCGAGAUGGUGCUGCAGACCAUCAGCGCCAGCAAAGGUGAAACGGGCCCAAUGGUGGCUGCCACUCUGAAACUCGGGAUUGCCGUCUUGAACGGCGGGAACUCCACGGUGCAGCAGAAGAUGCUCGACUACCUGAAGGACAAGAAGGACGUAGGCUUCUUCCAGAGCCUGGCCGGCCUGAUGCAGUCCUGCAGUGUCCUCGACCUCAACGCCUUCGAGCGACAGAACAAGGCGGAAGGACUUGGGAUGGUGACCGAGGAAGGAUCAGGAGAAAAGGUUCUUCAGGAUGACGAGUUCACCUGUGACCUCUUCCGCUUCCUGCAGCUGCUUUGUGAGGGACACAACUCAGAUUUUCAGAAUUAUCUGAGAACUCAGACCGGCAACAACACCACCGUGAAUAUCAUCAUCUCCACCGUGGACUACCUGCUGCGGGUCCAGGAGUCCAUCAGUGACUUCUAUUGGUAUUACUCCGGGAAGGACGUCAUCGAUGAGCAGGGACAGCGCAACUUCUCCAAAGCAAUUCAAGUAGCAAAGCAAGUCUUUAACACCCUCACGGAGUACAUUCAGGGUCCCUGCACUGGGAAUCAGCAGAGCCUGGCCCACAGCAGGCUCUGGGACGCGGUGGUGGGCUUCCUCCACGUAUUCGCCCACAUGCAGAUGAAGCUGUCUCAGGAUUCCAGUCAAAUUGAGCUACUGAAAGAACUGAUGGACCUUCAGAAGGACAUGGUGGUCAUGCUGCUGUCCAUGCUGGAAGGUAACGUUGUGAAUGGAACCAUCGGCAAGCAGAUGGUCGACAUGCUCGUGGAGUCUUCCAACAACGUGGAGAUGAUCCUCAAGUUCUUCGAUAUGUUCUUAAAACUAAAAGAUUUGACAUCUUCUGAUACAUUUAAGGAAUACGACCCCGAUGGCAAGGGAGUCAUCUCCAAGAGGGACUUCCACAAGGCGAUGGAAAGCCACAAGCACUACACGCCGUCGGAGACCGAGUUCCUCCUGUCCUGUGCGGAGACGGAUGAAAACGAAACCCUGGACUACGAGGAGUUUGUCAAAAGGUUCCACGAGCCCGCGAAGGACAUCAGCUUCAACGUGGCCGUCCUGCUGACGAACCUUUCGGAGCACAUGCCCAACGACUCGCGGCUGCAGACCUUCCUGGAGCUGGCGGAGAGCGUGCUCAACUACUUCCAGCCCUUCCUGGGCCGCAUCGAGAUCAUGGGCAGCGCCAAGCGCAUCGAGAGGGUGUACUUCGAGAUCAGCGAGUCCAGCCGCACGCAGUGGGAGAAGCCCCAGGUCAAGGAGUCCAAGAGGCAGUUCAUUUUUGACGUGGUCAACGAGGGCGGCGAGAAGGAGAAGAUGGAGCUGUUCGUGAACUUCUGCGAGGACACCAUCUUUGAGAUGCAGCUGGCGGCCCAGAUCUCAGAGUCGGACCUGAACGAGAGGUCAGCCAGCAAGGAGGAGAGUGAGAAGGAGAAGCCGGAGGAGCAGGGCCCGAGGGUGGGGUUCUUCUCCGUCCUGACCGUCCGGGCGGCCCUGGUGGCUCUCAGGCACAACCUGCUGGCCCUUCUGCGCAUGCUCAGCCUCAAGAGCCUGAAGAAGCAGCUGAAGAAGGUGAAGAAGAUGACAGUGAGGGACAUGGUCACUGGGCUCUUCUCCUCCUACUGGGGCGCUGUGACCGGCCUGCUGCACGUCGUGGCGAGCGUGCUCAGGGGCUUCUCUCGCAUUGUGGGGGGCCUGCUCCUGGGGGGCAGCCUGGUGGAAGGCGCCAAGAAGAUCAAGGUGGCGGAGCUCUUGGCCAACAUGCCGGACCCCACGCAGGACGAGGUGAGGGGGGAUGGGGAGGAGGGCGAGAGGAAGCCCCUGGAGGCCGCCCUGCCCUCGGAGGACCUCGCGGACCUGAAGGAGCUGACUGAGGAGAGUGACCUGCUCUCGGACAUAUUUGGCUUGGACCUGAAGAGAGAGGGAGGGCAGUACAAACUCAUGCCUCACAACCCGAAUGCUGGCCUGGGCGACCUCAUGGGCAGCCCUGCGCCCCUUCCCGAGGGGCAGGAAAAGGUUCAGGAGCAGGAGGCCAAAGAGGAAGGAAAGGAAGAGACAGAAGAAAACAAGUCGGAACCUGAGAAAGCCGAGGGAGAAGGCGGAGAAAAAGAAGAGAAGGCCAAGGAGGGGAAGGACAGACAGAAGCUCCGGCUGAUCCACACGCACAGAUACGGGGAGCCAGAGGCGCCCGAGUCGGUGUUCUGGAAGAAGAUCAUAGCUUAUCAGCAGAAGCUGCUGAACUAUUUUGCUCGCAACUUCUACAACAUGAGGAUGUUAGCCUUGCUGGUCGCCUUUGCCAUCAACUUCAUCUUGCUGUUCUAUAAGGUCUCCACUUCUUCUGUGGUUGAAGGAAAGGAGCCCCCCCCUCGCAGCUCAGGCGGGAGCGCCCGGGCCAGCAGCCUGGACGGGGGCGCGCCCGGCGUCCUCGCGGUGCACUACGUGCUGGAGGAGAGCAGCGGCUACAUGGAGCCCGCGCUGCGCGUCCUGGCCGUGCUGCACACGGUCAUCUCCUUUUUCUGCAUCAUCGGCUACUACUGCCUGAAAGUCCCGCUGGUUAUUUUUAAGCGUGAAAAGGAAGUAGCUCGAAAAUUGGAGUUUGAUGGGCUUUAUAUCACAGAACAGCCUUCAGAAGAUGAUAUUAAAGGCCAGUGGGAUAGACUCGUGAUCAACACACAGUCAUUUCCCAACAACUACUGGGACAAAUUUGUUAAAAGAAAGGUUAUGGAUAAAUAUGGCGAGUUCUAUGGCCGGGACAGAAUUAGUGAGCUGCUUGGCAUGGACAAAGCCGCCCUGGACUUCAGCGAUGCCCGGGAGAAGAAGAAGCCGAAGAAAGACAGCUCCCUGUCGGCUGUACUGAACUCCAUCGACGUGAAGUAUCAGAUGUGGAAACUCGGAGUCGUGUUCACUGACAACUCCUUCCUCUACCUCGCCUGGUACAUGACCAUGUCUGUCCUUGGGCACUACAACAACUUCUUCUUUGCUGCCCAUCUUCUCGACAUUGCUAUGGGGUUCAAGACGCUGAGGACCAUCCUGUCGUCAGUCACUCACAAUGGCAAGCAGCUGGUGCUGACCGUUGGCUUACUGGCUGUCGUCGUAUACCUGUACACGGUGGUGGCAUUCAAUUUCUUCCGAAAAUUCUACAAUAAAAGCGAAGAUGGUGACGCACCAGACAUGAAAUGUGAUGAUAUGCUCACGUGCUACAUGUUCCACAUGUACGUGGGCGUGCGAGCCGGAGGCGGCAUCGGUGACGAGAUCGAGGACCCGGCGGGGGACGAGUACGAGAUCUAUCGGAUCAUCUUCGACAUCACCUUCUUCUUCUUUGUCAUUGUCAUCCUCUUGGCUAUCAUACAAGGUUUAAUUAUUGAUGCUUUUGGAGAACUGAGAGACCAGCAGGAGCAAGUCAAAGAGGACAUGGAGACCAAGUGCUUCAUCUGCGGGAUAGGCAAUGACUACUUCGACACGGUGCCACACGGCUUCGAAACCCACACCUUACAGGAGCACAACUUGGCCAAUUACCUGUUUUUCCUGAUGUAUCUCAUAAAUAAAGAUGAAACAGAGCACACAGGACAGGAAUCUUAUGUGUGGAAAAUGUAUCAGGAGAGAUGCUGGGAGUUCUUCCCUGCAGGGGACUGUUUCCGGAAACAGUAUGAAGACCAGCUGAAUUAACUCAGACCCAGAUCCCCUGCGAAAGCCCGUGCAUCCUUGCCCUCCCUGUCGCUCUCUCUGACUCUCUCUCUGUCUCUCUCUCUCCCUUUCCCCCUCUCUGUCUCUGAGUCUCUCCCUCUC